AUGCCAGGGGUCCUACAUGCCAUGCUAGCCGUAUCCGCUUUACACCUGGCACGGAUCGAUCCUUCACGGCGGGCCAGCUGUAUUGCUCAAGCACAUAUUCAUCACCAAACAGCCGUCCAGUCGGUAACGCCCAAUAUACCCUCUCUAGCUACCGAAAAUGGAGUCGGGCUGUUUCUCUUCUCUUCAUUAACCUGUAUCUCUGCUUGCGCCAGCAUUCCCUCCGAGGGAAGCUUUCUUGUCUUAUUUGAGCAUGGUCGUCUUGCCAAUUGGGUCCUUCUAUUCCGCGGCACAAAGACUGUUAUUGACUACAGUAGUCAUGAUUUCAAGGAAGGUAGUUUGGGUCCCAUGUUUGGGAGUUGUGCCCGGUCGGCAGCUGCCCAGGACCCGCAGACGUUUGAACAGGGGCAGAUGUAUACGUGGGAGUUGAAACAAAUGAUUGGUCAUGAGUUUGUGCAAGACCUGCGACGCAGUCGCAUUUACGAAGAUACCAUCAAUGCGCUCACCAGAACCCUAGGUGUGGUUAUGAAACCGGGCGAUGGACCAAGGCUUCAGACAGCAGAUGUAUUCGUGUGGUUGUUGGAAGCUUCGGAUGAGUAUUUGGAGCUAUUGGUGCAAGAGGAGCCGGUCGCACUCAUUAUUUUUGCAUAUUUUUGCGUCGCACUGCGCCAAAUUGAAUGGAUGUGGUGGAUGGAAGGACUGAGUGGCCGACUUAUGACACAACUGCAUUCUGUCAUGGAUGAGAAAUAUCGAGGCUGGCUACGGUGGCCUCAAGACCAGAUAAAUUGGGCUCCCGACUCUAUAUAA